ACAUCUGGGAGAGUUUAAAUAAAGCUGAUACACAAAAUUGUUCAUAUACAGUAGGUGUUAGACUGUCAGGCUACUCAUCCACUCCUCUUACGAAUAUUAUAUAAUAGGGGAAAGAUCUUUUAGCACUUACUAUCUAUUUUAUACAUAGAAAUUUAUCUUAUUUACAUUAGAUUAGAACGUCUUUUAAGCAAUUCCAGUUGCAGAAGAUGGCCAAUACAGGCUUACAGAUUCUAGGAUUUGCAUUGGCUUGCAUAGGAUGGAUCGGGUUUAUAGUGGCAGUAGCUAUCCCCCAGUGGAAGAUGUCCUCUUUUGCUGGAGAUGCCAUCAUUACAGCACAGGUCACCUAUGAAGGACUGUGGAUGUCCUGUGUCAUGCAGAGUACAGGGCAGAUGCAAUGCAAAUCUUAUGAUUCCUUGCUGAAAUUGGGAAGCACUAUGCAAGCUACAAGGGCACUGAUGAUCUGUGGGAUUCUUCUGGGCUUCUUUGCAACUUGUAUUGCUGCUGUGGGGAUGAAAUGCUUAACUUGCCUUCAAGAUGAUGAGGUGAAGAAGGCCAAGGUUGGAAUCGUAGGUGGUGUCCUCUUCAUUAUUGCUGGUCUCUGUGUUCUUAUUGCAACAGCUUGGUAUGGAAAUCAAAUUGCCAAGGAUUUCUAUAAUGUGUUUACACCAAGCAACUCCAAGUAUGAGUUUGGUCCAGCUUUAUUUAUUGGUUGGGCUGGUGCUGCAUUAGCAAUUUUGGGAGGUGCUUUGCUGUGCUGUUCCUGUCCCAGAAAAGAAACAUCGUACCCACCACCCAGAGCUUACAACAAAAAUGCACCUUCGACAGGGAAGGACUAUGUGUAAUUGAAAAGCAGAGAAUAACCAGCUGUGCAUUCCACUGGACUUGACAAUCUCUUUCCCAUUGCCAUCAUGAUAACAGAUCCAUUUGCCAAAUUACCUGCUCUUUGCCAGCAACUCAAUGUAUUGUUUAAUAAUGGGUUCACAGAGGUACAAACUAUCUUAGCAUGAGGGUAACUAGAUGGCAAUAUCCAAUAUAAAAAUUGAGUUGUGGUUAAGCAAUUGAAUUUUAUCCUUACCGUAAGUGAGACAGGGCAGCCUUACUAGAUCACAAGCUCCCCUAGAAUCCAUGUUGAUUAUUAUACCCUACACUAAGAUACUGCUUAGGAGACAAAAUAAGUAUAACAUCAGAGUUACGGAGGUACAUUACAUUACAUUGCACAUGUUGUUAAAGCCAUUAAAAUGCUUUUCUACAUUAAUAGUAUGCACAGUAUCAGCAAUUACUGCCCAAUACACAAAUUUAUAAGUAGUGUAUUAAGCACAUUUUACAUAUUAGAAUUUUACAAUCUCAAAGGUUAUUUUUUGCAUAAUAAGGUAUUACGGGACAUGUAGCUCAUUCUUCAUAGUUAAAAGGAGCUAAGUAACUAUUUAUUGCAUUUAAUGAAAUACUAUGUAAACCAGCAGCAUUAAUUCAUGGACUGUAGCCAACAAAACAUACAGUAAUGAGUACUUUGUUCCAACAGUCUCAUAUCAAAAAGGGAGACUAUUUUGGGUAUUUGUACUUGAAUUACAUUUUGUGUGGAUUUUGGAAUAAUGUAUGACCUUGUAAAACAGUAAAGCAAAAUUCAGUGAAUUUAUCAAGAGUUGCCCCCAAUUAAAUUUUCUUUCAAAUUGUCUUCCCCAGAAGCCAUCACAUUUGUCAGGAGAACCUUUGAGCUUUACAUCAUUAUUUACCAGUUGUUUCUGUAAAACAAAGCAGUCUUUCAGAACUACAGUAUAUGAUUGCUCAGCUAAUUACUGGAUUUGUUGUUAAUGUUCGUGGUGGAAGAUAUUUUCCUUUACACUCAUUAUUAUUUAAAGUACAUUCUAUUUAGGUUUGCACCAGUUUCAGGAUGAAUUUAAAUGCAAACCAGAUUAUUAUUUUUUUGGCACAAUCUGUGCUAGAAAGGGACAGUAUGCAGGGGCGGAUUGAAGGGAGAGAACGCCCAUAGGCACAACAGUAAAUUAUACCCCCCCCCCCUCCCCACACACACACACCCCUGCCUAAUGUUAUUAUAUUUAUUGAUUGGUCCUCAUUUGAUGACAGCCAAUUUAAUAGCAUAAUACAGGUUGAGUAUCCCAUAUCCAAAUAUCCGAAAUACGGAAUAUUCCGAAAUACAGACUUUUUUGAGCGAGAGUGAGAUAGUGAAACUUUUGUUUUCUGAUGGCUCAAUGUACACAAACUUUGUUUAAUACACACAGUUAUUAAAAAUAUUGUAUUAAAUGACCUUCAGACUGUGUGUAUAAGGUGUAUAUGAAACAUAAAUGAAUUGUGUGAAUGUACACACACUUUGUUUAAUGCACAAAGUUAUAAAAAAUAUUGGCUAAAAUUACCUUCAGGCUGUGUGUAUAAGGUGCAUAUAAAACAUAAAUGCAUUCUCUGCUUAGAUUUAGGUCCCAUCACCAUGAUAUCUCAUUAUGGUAUGCAAUUAUUCCAAACUACAGAAAAAUCCCAUAUCCAAAAUACCUCUGGUCCCAAGCAUUUUGGAUAAGGGAUACUCAACCUGUAACAAAUUAUAAUACAUAAUUACUAAGUAGGACAGCUUACAGUGGCAACACGUGCAUGUCCUAUCGGUUUACACUUCAUUCAAGAUGGCAAAUGGUACAGUACAGUAGAAAUAUUUUGCAGUUAUUGGUACUUUUUGGGUUGACAGUACCAACACAAACAUCCAAGUGUCGCCCCAAAACAAGUGCCGCCCCUAGGCAUGCGCCUCACGUGCCUAAUGGGAAAUUUACCAUUGACAGUAUGUACUAACCUUUUGCAAUGGGGAACCCAUUUACUUUACAGAGUAAAUUUCAUUUUUUUUAUUUUUUUUUUACUUUUUAAAUGUACCUAGAAUUUAUGCAGUUUAACAACACAAAUAUCUGUCCUUCCCAUGUUUUUCCUGGAAGCUUAGGGCUGACUAUCACUCGGCAUUUUAAUUGCUGAUAUUAUUGCAGUCUGGUUUUAAUAUGCCAAGGAGCAUUGAUGAGAGAAUGAAGCCAGAGGCUACCCAGAUGUUGGUGAACUACAACUCUAAACAUUCAGCAGCUUGGUAGGACAAUGAAAGUUGUAGUACAAAAGCUGGAGAACCACAGGUUGUCUACUUCACCAAUAGAGUUUAAUCAUUUCAACGACAUCACUGUCCCUAUUAUAGUACAUUAUGUUAUAUAGUUUUCUUUUUUUUAUGUAAUAGUAAUUUCUAAUGUCAGGUUCAACUUGUAACAUUCUUACAAGGCAGAAUGAACAAGCUAUUCAAAUUUCAGUUGGGGUUUGAUUGCAGUCAAUGCUAAUAUAAUGAACCAGAUUGUAUUAUUGUUAUUAUGAU